GAGUGACGCAGUCUGUAGUCUCGUACGGACUAAGGGUACAAGCACCUGUAUCCAUACUAAAAAGAAAACAGCAUGUGUGACGACGAAGCUUGUGCCCUCGUGGUCGACAACGGCUCCGGGAUGGUCAAGGCUGGCUUCGCCGGCGACGACGCUCCCAGGGCUGUGUUCCCCUCCAUCGUCGGCCGACCUCGACACCAGGGUGUGAUGGUCGGCAUGGGUCAGAAGGACGCCUACGUCGGUGACGAGGCCCAGAGCAAGCGAGGUAUCCUGACUCUCAAGUACCCCAUCGAGCACGGCAUCAUCACCAACUGGGACGAUAUGGAGAAGAUCUGGCACCACUCAUUCUACAACGAGCUCCGCGUCGCCCCUGAGGAGUCCCCCGUCCUCCUCACUGAGGCUCCCCUCAACCCCAAGGCCAACCGUGAGAAGAUGACCCAGAUCAUGUUCGAAACCUUCAACACUCCCGCCAUGUACGUGGCCAUCCAGGCCGUGCUGUCCCUGUACGCCUCUGGCCGUACCACUGGUAUCGUGCUGGACUCUGGCGACGGUGUAUCGCACACCGUCCCCAUCUAUGAAGGUUACGCUCUACCACAUGCCAUCCUGCGUCUUGACCUGGCAGGCCGCGAUUUGACUGCUUAUCUCAUGAAGAUCAUGACUGAGCGUGGCUACUCCUUCACCACCACGGCUGAGCGAGAAAUCGUUCGCGAUAUCAAGGAGAAGCUUUGCUAUGUCGCUCUUGACUUCGAGAGUGAGAUGAACGUGGCUGCUGCCUCCUCCUCCCUUGAGAAGUCCUACGAGCUGCCCGACGGUCAGGUCAUCACCAUCGGCAAUGAGCGCUUCCGUGCACCAGAAUCUCUAUUCCAGCCUUCCUUCCUGGGUAUGGAAUCUGUUGGCAUUCACGAGACCGUCUACAACUCCAUAAUGAGAUGCGACAUUGACAUCAGGAAGGACCUGUUUGCAAACAACGUUAUGUCUGGCGGCACCACCAUGUACCCUGGUAUUGCUGACCGUAUGCAGAAAGAGAUCACGAACUUGGCUCCUUCAACUAUCAAGAUAAAGAUUAUUGCGCCACCGGAACGUAAAUACUCCGUCUGGAUCGGCGGCUCCAUCUUGGCCUCUUUGUCCACGUUCCAGGCCAUGUGGAUCACCAAGGAAGAGUACGACGAGUCUGGCCCCGGCAUCGUGCAUCGCAAGUGCUUCUAAACACUUUAAAUAUAAAGUAUAUUUUUCAUAUUUCUAUAUUUAUAAAAUAUAUAUAAAGUUAGCUAUAUAUUUACUUAUACUUAUUUUAUAUAUUGUUUAUGUUUAGCUAACAAGAGUUGAAGGGAGUGUGUGUGUGUAUGUGUGUGUGUAUAUAUAUAUAUAUAUAUAUAUAUAUAUAUAUAUAUAUAUAUAUAUAUAUAUAUAUAUAUAUAUA